ACAUCCCAUAAAUCUAUCUUACCUCCGCCUCACGCUCGCCUUCGUUACUUAUCUCUCACUCAACUAUCUAGCAAAGCAUCGAAAAGAGAGGAGACCAAAUAUGCCAUCCAAAGGCAUAAUAUGCUUUUCCUAUAACACCAUUCCUGAUCUCUCCAUCACCUUCUCCGUCCCAGGCAAAACCAUUACAAAACGCUCAACCCACGAACACACAAUCGACCACCUGGAAGUCGAAUCCUCAGCACUCCCACGCUUCAAGUUUAGUGGAGAAUUCUCCUUCAGCGUACAAACCACCACCAACAACAACAAUGAAAAGAAACUCACCAAACAAAGCGUCCUGGUCAACACACUGACCGGCGCCCUCGAAAGCGGAACCAUGAAAACCAUGUCCGAAACGCACAGCAUCUUCACAACAACCAAUGAAAACAACCAACCUAAAGAGGUAGUGAUAACGUUCAUCUUCUACGACGCCGGACCCGGCCUCGCACACCUCCCAAAACAGCACCACUGUAGCGUGACCACAACCCUAAACCACUCCUCCUGGAUGACUCUCACCAUUCCCUCAUCCUCACCCUUGUCAUCCCGUCCCUUCAAGAAAAUGGUCCUUCCGUCCGCCCACGACGUAGGCAUGAACACAAUGUCCAGCGCCACACACCUCCUCUCCCGCAGCGGCACCGGCGCCAUCAAAGAAAUCCUAGGCCGUUCCCUCCCCCACGGCCUCGACCUCGUCAACCGCCUCUCCGACAAAGCAGUAGCGCGUUUCGCGCCGGACAUUGUCCGCGCCCUCGCCGUCACGCAGAAAGACUCUGUGCUCGACUUACUCCGGAUCGGGGCGCGGUAUUUUGAGUUUCGGCCUGCGAGGUGUCAUGGCAGGUUACUUGCUUGGGCGCCUACGGACGCCGAUGUUGGGAAAAGAGGGGGCGAGGCGUUUGAUGAUACGAUAUAUUUCCAGCACGGCGCGAUCCCGGGCAUGAAGUAUCAAGAUUUCUUAGAGGAGGUGGUGCGGUUUCUGGCGGAGAAUAAGGGGGAGAUUGUGGUUGUGCAGAAUCGGUGGGAUGGGGUUCCUGGGGAAUGUGCUCGACCCAGUGGAGAAGAGCUUCAGCGCGUCUUAGACGAUGUGCUGAAGGGGAAAGAGGAUACGUUGAAAGCGGGUGGGAUAGAUGAUGUGUUGAACAAGAGCGUGCAGCAGUUGAGGGAUGAGAAGAUGAGGUUGUUGGUUUGUCAGAAUGUUAGGCAGGUUUCGAAUUAUGAUGAUGAUGCUAAUGCGACGUUGGAUGGCGGUUCUAUGGUGGACAAGUUGGAGAAGAUGGCUGAGGAGCCGCCCAAGGGGUUUCCGCUUACAUUGCUGCAGUGUCAGGCGACGCCAACGAACAUUAGAGAUGUGGUGAUUGCUUCGGUGGUGGAUUGCGAUGUCUCGACUAGUCCGCUGUUGGUGUCUAAAGCUGUUUGCGAUGCAAAGAUCUUGCCGCUGCUUGGGGGGAAUGUUGGGAAGAAGUUGAUGGAGGGACUGGGUGACGAUGGGCUUGUUGCGAUUAACAAUGAUUUCUUGGAUGGUGCAACUGUAGAGCUUGCUAUGAAGUUAUGUAGAGAGAGAAUGAGCUGA